CGAAUGACUCUGUGCAACGUGUUGGUGGCUGCCGCGGCGGCGCGGGUUCUUCCGGGCUCUGCAGCUUCCUGCCGAGCAUCGCGCAGCCGCCUCGGCCGCGGGAGACCCCGGCGCAGGCCUCCGGGGUGCCAGCCUCUGGGGUGCAGGCCUCCUGGGUGCAAGCCUCCGGGACGCAGACCUCCGCACCGUGCGUGCGCACAGCGCACCAUGAGCACCCUGACACUGCCACCGCCGCCACCACCACCACCACCACCACCGCUCCUGCUGCUGCUGCUGCUCGCGCUCCUGGCCGCGCCCGCCGUCCUCGCUCGCAGAGCAGAGUCCGCCUUGGCCUCACAGCCCGAAGCAGACCACCGGCCUCCGCCCAGCUUGGGGAAUGCUACUCAGCUGGGAUCUGGCAUGGCGGGUGGGGGAGGCUCCAACAGCAGCAACGACGCGGUGGUGACCCGUAUCUCCAGUUUGCUUCGCGACCUGCCCACCCUGAAGGCGACGGUGAUCGUGGCGUGCGCCUUCAGCGCGCUGCUCAUCGCCUGCCUGCUGCUGCGCGUCUUCAGGUUGGGAAAAAGGUUGAAGAAGACUCGCAAGUAUGACAUCAUCACCACCCCUGCUGAACGAGUGGAAAUGGCCCCACUGAAUGAGGAGGAUGACGAGGACGAGGACUCGACAGUAUUUGACAUCAAAUAUAGGUAAAACUUCCCUGGCUUGUCAGCGUCUUGUGGGGGAAACUGGUCAGCUGCAGCCCGGGCUGUCAAGGUCUGGGCGCUGUCUCUCACCUGAGGUGUUGAAACCCAAACCAAUGUUAUUUAUGGAACUCUGGCUUCACCCUACACAUCCAGCGUCUGCCUGGAAUGUCACCGCCAUGCUUGUUCUCAGCCGCCAGAUGAGAGUCACCUUGGCCACCCUCGGAUGCCCCUUUGAAAUGGUCUUUCCACCCUUGUCUUGAGGGUUUUUCUGCCUUCCUAAGAGAUGAAGAUGGAAACAUUGAUUUCAAAGAAUUUUCUAGAACAGCUGUAGAUAAAAGUAAAGCUGCAAUUGGGAGAUCAAGAGUUUUAAAAUGCCGAGCUGGGGAGAUAGCUUCUGGGGCGAUAACCUGAUCACUUCACAAGCAGGGGGCACGAGUUUGGUCCCUACUGCUUACGUUAAAGCAAAACUAGUGUGGUGGCCCACACCUGGGAUCUUAGCACGGGGAGAGAGGUGGAUCCCUGGGGUCGACUGCUCAGCCAGCCUAGCCUAAGGAGCGAGUUCCAAUGAGGACGCCCCAUCACAGAAAAGUUGGUUGGCUCCAGAGAAGUAGUGGCCAAGGUUCAUUUCUGGCCUCUAUAUAUGUGUGUGUUUGCUAACACACACCUCAGAGGCCUGAAGGACCUUCAGAUGUACCUCGGAGAAUCCUGAGAUUUUUUUCUCCCAAAUCAUUUCAGCUUCUUCAGGUCUGGCUUUAUUUAGGGGAGAGUUGUAUGAUAUUUCAGAAUGGAUGUAUAAGUUCCCUACCCUACCUACCCUGUCUAAGAAGUUCCCCACAAUAGGUCACAGAAGAAUUUCACAUUAUCAGGGAUCAGACCAUAUGGGUGAGUGUGUGGAUGGGUGUAUACACCUAUCAAAUAAUUUCUCUUCUCGUGGGAAUGGAUAGUGCCAGGCAGCUCUCAGCAAUUUUCUUGUGUGCUGUAAAAACAUUUCUUUGUCCUGCCUCAGUGCAUUGGUGUCUGUCUUAGGAAUGUAUUGCUAAGAAAUCACUGCGGCAGUUUAAAUGAAUGUUAGUUUGCCUGGAAGAGGAAGGAGGGGGAGGAAGAAGAAGGGGAAGGGGAAGAGGAAGACACCGUUAAGGAUUCUGUUGGAAAUUAGUCCAGGCUAGGUUGGACUGAACUGGACUGGAAACUCUCCAAGGCUGCUUAUGAGAAGCUCAGGAGGGCACCUACCCUGGGAGCUAGGUACCCAGGGAGGCCCUGAGGAACAGGCCCUGAACUAACUGCUCAGGAUAACGGAGGCCAACUCCCACUUGGCCUUCUCCCAUAUUGCUGUAGCUGGAAUGCUUCUGCGCAAGUCUAAUAGCAGUGCCUUCGGGACCCUGGGAGUGCAUCAUGCCCGGGAAGGUGGCCCUCGCUAUCUCAUUUCCUUUUCACCUUCAUUCCAAGGUCUGUGUAUAUGUCUGCCCAAUGCCCUGCUCCAUUGCUUUGGAUGAAAACUUGUACCUUGGCCAGCUUCACCACAUCUGCAGGCUCUCCAGUUCCCAACUGGGGUUGCUGUGGUGGUGGCAGUUGGGGUUGUGGUGGUAGCAGUAGGUGGGAAGGUCCACCCUGGCUCUGGAGCCUGGCUGGGCACGAGUUCUUUCCGCCCUAAUCCAGCAUGGGGUGUGUUGUUCUCUUGGGAUCCCCUUUUUUUCCCUGCCUUUUCAGUUGGCGCCUCUCAUCCUUCUGCUGUUAGCCAGAGGGGUGGGAUCCGAACCAGAGCAGACUCUCUCAUUUCACCAUGUACUGAAGCACAGUGGGGACUCUAGGAAGCUGGCCACCUUGAAGCUGUACACACCCUCUCAGCCUUGGAGCUCAGACUCGAGGGUCCCAGAACUGCAGCUGAACCCUCUGGAAAAGCUGGAUUCUCCAUUCUCCCGCCUUAUGUAUGAGCACCACGGAUCCGGCUGCCAGCCACUCAUCACUGACUGGCAGGAAUGGUGGGACAGUGACCUUCCAAAUCCUUGAUGAAACUUCAACACCAUAGGCACUUAAAUAAAGAUCCUUAAAGCAAACAAAAAAUAA